CACAGGAAAGAGCAGCAAUGGCUGAAAACGUCUCUUGAGCAAUCUCACAAACAGCUGAACCAAGGGAAAGGAAGGCGACUAAUUCUACCUCUCCCAGCUCUGAGUGACUGUCAAAGCAUCAGUCCUGAUUCGGCCCAGGGAACUUCCUCUGCUAGCAAGUCAAGGGUCUGGUCUGCCAAAGCUCUGUCUGCAACAGAGCAACAGGAGGGAGACAUGGAUGACUGGGUCUGGGUGGUGUCCGUUCCUCCAUUGAAGUCAGCCACUUACACAGUUCGAAGUCAUCCUCCGAUAGUUUCUCCUGAAGAUCUGAAGGAAGUACAAUUGGAGAAGGAUGAAAUCGAAUAUAGGAUGAACACUGUGGAGGAACGUGCAGCAAGGGAACUGCGCUGGAAGUUAGAUUAUCACCUACCAGGUUACACUGCGAUGUUAGCCUCCAGACAGAAUGCAGAUAGCUCAUUGAUGGAGACAUCACCUGCAGUGAUGUCUGAAGUAUUUGAGACGCUGUCAUUUCCUGUGAAAAGUUGUUGCAGAAGCCAUCGCCUUUCCCAGGCAGCACAGUGCGGUCCUGCAAGGGCAGAAAAACCAGCAAGGGCACGCAGGCAGUGCAGAGAUAAUCAGGAGAAGAACCCAGAGAAAAUCCAACAGCCCCUUUGUGGACAGAAUAACAGAGACCAAGACAAGCCUGCUGCUGACCCUGGGUGGGUUGCUGCACACAGCUCUACUUCACCAGGAGCUGUUCCCAUGCCUGCGAUAACUCCAAAGUUGAUGCAACUAUCAGUUACAGCCGUCAAGUCAGAACUGACUGACGACAUUGCCGAGUGAAGGCAAGAGAUGACUCUGAAUGCCUCCGACCCCCUUAGAGGAUUUUAGCAUUUCACAAUCCUAACAUUUCCCACAGGACUUCCAUCUAGACUCCCACGCUACUGAAAGGCAACAAUACAAAUGGAGCAUUAUUGUCGCAACGGGAGAUAACUGAGAAACUGUGAUAAUCACAUUUCAGAG